AACCACACAACAACCCCCAAAGCCAUCAGACAACAAAAAGCUCUCUCCUCUCUCUCUCUCUCUCUCUCUCUGAUCUUUUCUCACCGCCAUCACCAAAAAAAUGCUGAUGGCAGAACCCUCCACCGCCGUCCGAUUCUCCUCCACCGCCUCCGCCAGAUUCGACUCCUCCACCACCUCCCGCCGCCUUUCUCACUCCACCAGACUCUUCAUGCCUUGGAACAAAUUUCAGAGAUUAGCGGAUGGUUCUUGUAUGAGAAGGAACAGUUUUGUCAAGAACAGAGUUAGAGCUUCUGUGGAGGAGCAAUCAGGGGCAGCUUCAAGUCCCAUAAAACCGAAUGCAAAGCCGUCACGGUACCAUCCAUUUGAGGACAUUGUAGAAUCAGAAUUGAUGGAGGCCGGAGAUGCCAGACUUACACCGGCAGAAAUUACUAGGACCAUCAUUGAGGUAAACAGCAAAGCAACACUAAUGUUUACAGGUUUUGUAAAUGAAGAAGUUCAUGAUAACAUUUUCUGGCCAGAUUUGCCUUAUGUGACUGAUGAAUAUGGAAAUAUUUAUUUUCAGGUUAAAAAUGAUGAAGACAUUCUGAAAACCCUAAGUGCUGAGGAUAACCUUGUGCAAGUCAUAAUAGGCUUGGAUACUGCAGAAUUGCUUAGUGAGAUGGAAUUAGCAGGUUCAUCAGAAAUUGAUUUUGGUAUUGAGGAAAUUGAUGAUGAAGAUAGUGAUGUUGAAGACAAUGAUGAUGAUGAUGAUGAUGAUGAUGAUGAUGAAGAUGAAGAUGAAGAUGAGGAUGAGGAUGACAAUUAUGAUGGGGAAUGGGUUUCCAUUCUUGAAGAUGAGGAAGAUCAGGAGGAUUCUGAUGAAUCACUUGGGGACUGGGCAAAAUUGGAGACCAUGCGUUUUUCUCAUCCGAUGUAUUUUGCUAAAAAAAUGUCUGAGGUUGCAUCAGAUGAUCCUAUAGAUUUUAUGGAUCAGCCUCCUGCUGGCCUUGCUGUUCAAGGCCUUCUAAGACCAGCCUUUAUUGAAGAACAUUCUGUCAUACAGAAACAUAUAUCUGAAUCCAAUGAUCAAUCUGGUGAUAAUAACUCGGAUCAGAUUGAGAGAAGUGUAGAAGACAAAGUAGAAGACAUUGGAAUCAUUAAUGGUCACAGACAUGGGCCAGGGUCAGCUCAAGAUAGCGACAUUUGGGCAGAGGAAUUGGAGAAGGGUGAAAGCGUUAGAAAUGGGACUUCAUUCUACAAGCUAGAGAUGAUUAAGAUUCAAUUGAUUUCAGCACAUGGACAUCAGACUUUUGUUGAAGUAGAAGAUUUUCGUAAAGCCCGACCUGAUGCUAUUGCACAUUCAGCUGCCAAGAUUAUAUCUCGUCUUAAAGCUGGUGGGGAAAAGACCACGCAAGCUCUCAAAUCACUCUGUUGGAGAUGCAAGGGUAUUCAAGCAGAGGAGGCAACACUUAUUGGUGUGGACGCCCUUGGUUUCGACUUGAGAAUUUGCUCAGGAACACAAGUACAAACAUUGCGGUUUACAUUUAACAAACGGGCCUCUUCAGAGUAUAGUGCCGAGAGACAACUGAAUGAUCUACUGUUCCCUAGGAGUCAUCACAAGCUGCAAAAGAAGAAAGAAGCUCGCCAAACAGAGUUGUGACAAUUUUUAGUAGUUCAACAUAAAUGUUUUGUUGUACCCUCUUGGGCUGAGAAGUGAAUAUAGCAGGUAGAAAUAUUCCUUGCUCUUUUCCAGCUUUUGUAUUUGAUUAAUUUAAUGCAAUUUACAAUUUUGAAAAUCCAUUGCUUCGCCAUUAUGUCGAUAA